AUGGCAAAGCGCAAGGCCGAGUCGAAGCUCUCGUCCCUGGUGAACGACAUAGAUGACGAUGACGCUCUCGGUCGCGUCAACGAGCCGGACGACGCAAGUAUAGAGCCUCCGCCAGCCAAACGACAGAAAGGCCGGCCAAAGGCCGCGGCGACCAAGGCUGCGGCAGAGAAACCGGCAAGGAAGACGCGCUCGAAGGUAGUGGUAGGCCCAAAGAAGCGCGCGCCGGCGACUGGGCGAGGGAAGGCGGCAAAGGUGGUUGAGGAGGAACCUAGGAAGGAUGCGGAUGAUAUGGAAGAAGAACAAGAGAGGAUGUCGGAAGAUGAGCUUGACUCGCCGGAGAUCGUUCAACGUCAAGAGACUCGAGGAGGGGCUAAGUCUCGAGGAGGAACAAAGGCAGCGGAGACCGUGAAGGAUGGCGAGUUCGAGUAUACGCCCACAAACGCCAAAACGAGGACUACACGAACGCGGACGCAGACGGGAAAGCAGACGGCAAAGCCGGCAGCGAAGGAACCCUCACCACCGAUAGAGAAGACGCCGGAAGUUGUGAAGAGUGCAAUCAGAGGCAGCACUUCCAUCACCCAGGUAGACACACGAUUCACGCCGUUGACAGUACGAUGGGCGUCACCUUCAAAGAGCUCCAUGUCACAGCAGCGGACGCCUCGAGCCUCUGGGAUAAAACCAUGGGGCAGUCCUACGAAAGCUCACGAGACGGGGGAUGGUGAAGUUGCCCUCCGGUUGAAGCUGGGCGACAUGACGAAGAAGUACGAGAAUAUGGAAGGGAAAUACCGUGCAUUGAGAGAGAUUGGGAUAGUCGAGGCCAAUUCCAGUUUAGAGAAGAUACGGAAGCAGCACGAGGAGACAACAGCUGCGUCCAAACAACUGAUCGCAUCCCUCAAGAGCGAACUCUCGAAACAAUCAAAUGUGUCCAAACAGACCCGAGAUCUUCAGAAGCAGGUCGAGUCGCGAAACGAGGAAGUCUUGCAGCUUCGACAGCAGCUUGAAGAGAUGAAGUCCGGCCUCAACAAGGCUCAAACGGAAGCCAAGUCGCUACAGACCAAAUUGACAGCUGCUAGAAAUGCCACUGCUACUGCCGAGAAGGCUGCGGCGGCGGCAACGGCAGCGGCAGCAGCAAGAGGUCCAGUCGUUAGACCAGGAGCUGCAUCGAGAGACGCGGUCAACGGAGCCAUGGAGUCAGCACAGCUAGCUCAGCUCAAGGAAGACCUCUACAGCGACCUCACUGGCCUGAUCAUCCGAGACGUGAAGAAGCGAGAGUCAGAUCAUCUGUAUGACUGCAUACAGACAGGUCUCAAUGGAAUAGCCCUCCAUUUCAAGCUCGGUGUCAACCACAACAUGGAUAACAGGUCAACUGCCAGCCUGGAAGCGGCGGAGUUUCACUACAUCCCCUUGCUGGACGAGAACAGGGACCGCGAGCUGCUGGAGAUUCUGCCCGACUAUCUGUGUGUGGACAUCACCUUCUCGCGACAGCAUGCGGCGGUCUUCUAUAGCCGCGUUGUAGAUAGGCUAACGAAGAAACAAGCGGACCAGUCAUACUCGCCCUCCCGCCCUCUUGCGCCCUUCUCUAAACCUCCUCCAACUUUCCCUGAACGCGCAGACGAUGGACUCGAGCCUCCGUCCGUCUUCAUAGCCUGCUCGACCAGGCCUCACACUUCGCUGCGAUCUCCAUCUGCACAUCCUCGCUGCCUAUCUCACGCCGCCAACAUGUCUCGCACAGGGUUGUUCCUGGCCCUGGCGGUGCUCUUCCACCUCAUAUACACCUACUCGAUCUUCGACAUCUACUUUGUCAGCCCAAUUGUCAGUGGCAUGCGAGAGUAUGGCGUCGAACGCGCACCCGGAACCAAGGCACCAGCCAAACGACUCGUCCUGUUCGUCGGCGACGGCCUGCGUGCGGACAAGGCAUUCCAGUACUUCCCUGACCCCUCGCCGCCAAAGACGGACUGUUCAGGGGAAGGGAAAGGUAGUGCAGCUUGUCCAGAGCCAGAUAUGACGCCCAAACCACUUGCGCCGUUCCUCCGUUCACGCGUGCUGGAACACGGUACCUUUGGAGUAUCGCAUACUAGAGUGCCGACGGAGUCAAGACCAGGCCAUGUUGCGUUGAUUGCAGGCUUAUAUGAGGACGUCUCGGCCGUGACGACAGGAUGGAAGCUGAAUCCAGUCAAUUUCGACAGCGUGUUCAAUCGAAGCAGACAUACUUGGAGCUGGGGAAGUCCGGACAUCCUGCCCAUGUUCAAAGAAGGCGCGGUUCCAGGACGGAUAUCCGUUGACAUGUACAGCGAGGAAGCAGAGGACUUUACUCAGGAUGCUACAUUCCUGGACGUAUGGGUUUUUGACCGUGUCAAGGAGCUGUUUGCCGCUGCGAGGGAGGACAAGGUACUAGACGCGCAGCUGAGAGACGACAAGGUCGUGUUCUUCUUACAUUUGCUUGGUCUGGACACGACCGGCCAUUCUUACCGGCCUUAUUCGAAAGAAUACUUGCAUAACAUCAAGAUCGUCGAUGAAGGCGUACGUGAGACUACGGAGCUGGUAGAGGACUUCUACGGUGACCAGGAAACGGCCUUUGUCUUUACCGCAGACCACGGUAUGAGCGACUGGGGCAGCCAUGGAGAUGGUCAUCCAGAUAACACACGCACUCCUCUCAUUGCCUGGGGCUCCGGCGUGGCCGAACCGGUGAAGACCCAGGGGGGCAUUGCGCCUGGACACGAGGAUGGCUUCUCCCUAGACUGGCAUCUGGAUAAUAUUAAGAGACACGACGUUGCUCAGGCCGACGUGGCCGCCCUCAUGGCAUAUCUUGUUGGCCUGGACUUCCCCGUUAACUCUGUCGGUGAACUCCCUCUCUCCUACCUGGACGCAACUCCACAGGAAAAGGCAAAGGCUGCAUUGGCCAAUACCCUGGGUGUGCUGGAAAUGUUCCGUGUUAAAGAAGAGCAGAAGAGGGCAACUACUCUUCGAUUCCAGGGAUACGCCCCCUUUACGCAACCCCAGCGCUCACCGGAGGCUCAAUUGGCCGCCAUCCGCAAGCUGAUUUCCACUGGCAAAUAUGAGCAGUCCAUCCUCCAAUCGAGGAGUCUCUUCCAGGAUGCGCUAGAAGGUCUACGUUACUUGCAGACAUACGACUGGCUCUUCCUUCGUGCCAUUGUCACGGCGGGAUACUUGGGUUGGAUCGCAUAUGCCCUGGUCACAGCCAUAGAUCUGCAUGUCUUGCCGGUGUCCACGGAACCAGAUCGGUCGAUCCCCAGCUUCACCUUCUUUUCAUCGGUGCUUAUGGUGCUUUAUUCCGUUCUAUGGGUUCAGCAGUCGACAUGGCGGUACUAUGCCUAUGCUAUCUUUCCAGUUCUGUUCUGGGAAGAGGUCUUCGCUCGACGGGCCGCCCUCGGUGCUGGGCGAAAGAUACUCCUAGGCCAUAUUAAAUCAUUCACAGGCUAUGCUGCACUUUUAUUGCAAUCUCUAGUCUAUAUCGGAGUGUUACAAGGACUCGUUCAAUCGUAUUUCCACCGAGAAAUAUACACUGGCUGCUACCUACUAGCUGCACUAUGGCCGGCCCUGUAUGGGCUUGACUUCAUCAGCAAGCAUAAAUUUCUUUCAACAUCGUGGGCUAUCGGCUGUGUUUUGAUGAGCACAUUUACUCUCCUGCCCGUAGGAAAGGAGGAUAGCGCAGAUACUGUUACCUACGGUGGCAUCCUUAUGUUUAUGACCGGCAUGCUCUACUUGAUAUUCGAAGAGUCUAUCUUGUCUAUCUCAAAGGUGAAAACUUCAACCGGAAGCACCUUCAACAUCGGGUCCAGGAUUAUCAUGGGAGCUCAGAUUGGGAUCAUUCUCCUGUCCAUCAUCGUCACUCGUUCCAGCAUUGCAUCGCUGCAAGCAAGGGCAGGGCUGCCUCUUGGUAACCAAGUCACCGGCUGGAUCGUGAUGGUAUCAUCAUUCGCAUUGCCAGUGCUACAUAGGUUCUUCCCAACGGGACACUACCUCCAUCGCCUGAUCAUCAUCUUCCUCACCUUUGCACCAACCUUCAUCAUCCUCACCAUCUCCUACGAAGGCCUUUUCUACGUCGUAUACUUCGCCACUCUCGUCAACUGGGUAAGACUCGAGCAUAGCAUCUACAAAUACACCUCACCACCAAAAUCCAAACCCACAAUCUCUCGAGAGGACACUCCUCGAGCCAUACCCAGAACCCCCGUGACAUCUCGCACUACCUACCGCGCUCUAAACCUCUCCGACGCACGCAUUGCCCUCUUCUUCAUCUUCCUCCUUCAAUCCGGCUUCUUUAGCACCGGUAACAUCGCCAGCGUCUCCUCCUUCUCCCUCGACAGCGUCUACCGCCUUAUCCCCGUCUUCAACCCCUUCGCACAGGCUUCUCUAUUGAUUCUCAAAAUCCUCGUCCCCUUCGCCCUACUUAGUGCGACGUUCGGUAUUCUUAACCGCAGACUGAGAGUGGCUCCCUCUGCGAUAUUCAUGAUCGUCAUGUGCAUCAGUGACGUGAUGACGUUGAACUUCUUCUACAUGGUUCGCGACGAAGGGAGCUGGCUUGACAUCGGCACCACGAUCAGCCACUUCUGCAUUUCCAGCGGGCUGUGCGUGUUUGUGGCUAUCAUCGAGUUCUUGAGCGAUGCAUUUAUUUCUGGUGUCGACUUUGGUGAUUCCAGCGUCCAGGAGGGACAUCCUGGUUUUGAAGAGGAAAAGCGCGCUGUCUCUGACUAG